AUGAACGUUGGGAGGUAUUUUCGUUUUGUCUUUCCCUUGCUGAGCUUGGUCCUCUUCGUCCUACUGUACUACCAUCAUAUCUAUGAUUCCAAGAAUUACCAACGGUUUAAUGUGUCUAAUGAUCGAUAUUCUCUCUACGAAUCUUGUAAUGCAGUCAUUGAAGGGAGGCCAGAAUUUGUGUGGUUUGAGAAAGUAUUAGUGCCUUCAUUUGGAAGAGUCUCCUGCGAGAAGUACAUGCGCCAAAGUCACUACAUAACGGCUCCCCUGUCGAAAGAAGAGGCUGAGUUUCCUUUGGCCUACGUAAUGGUCAUACAUAAGGAUUUUGAAACCUUUGAGAGACUCUUCAGGGCGGUUUACAUGCCCCAAAACGUAUACUGUGUUCACGUGGAUGAGAAGGCGACAGCCAAGUUUAAAGAUGCUGUGGAGUGGCUGGUGAGGUGCUUCCCCAAUGUUUUCCUAGCCUCCAAGAUGGAGCCAGUGGUCUAUGGUGGAAUAUCCAGGCUCCAGGCUGACCUGAACUGUAUGAAAGACCUUGUAACCUCUCCGAUUCCGUGGAAAUACCUCCUCAACACCUGUGGGCAGGAUUUCCCUCUGAAAACCAAUAAGGAAAUAAUCCAGCAUUUGAAAGGAUUUAAAGGGAAAAAUAUCACCCCUGGGGUGCUGCCUCCUGCACAUGCUAUCCAAAGGACCAAGUAUGCCUUUAGAGAAUAUAUGAACCAGAAAUCCUCGUAUGUGGAAAGGACCCAGGUUUUAAAAUCCUCCCCUCCCCAUGAGCUAGAAAUUUACUUUGGCUCUGCUUAUGUUGCCCUCACAAAAGAGUUUGUCAACUUUGUUCUCCAAGAUCAGCGAGCCAUUGAUUUACUCGAAUGGUCUAAGGAUACCUACAGUCCGGAUGAGCAUUUCUGGGUGACUCUCAAUCGGCUCCCUGAUGUCCCUGGAUCAAUGCCAAAUGCAUCUUGGGAAGGAAAUCUCAGAGCUGUAAAAUGGUUUGACAUGGAAAAAGAACACGGAGGCUGUCAUGGUCACUACAUUCGUGACAUUUGCAUCUUUGGAAACGGUGACUUAAAGUGGUUAUAUGAUUCCCCAAAUAUGUUUGCAAACAAGUUUGAGCUUAAAACAUAUCCACUAACUUUAGAAUGCCUGGAACUGAAGCUUCGGGAGAGAACCCUAAACCAAAGUGAAAUUCCAAUAAGAUCGAGUUGGUAUCUUUGA